AUGAUGUCUGCUUCAACAUCCACGUCACAUAACACAAACCCUUUGAACACAAAACCUCGUAAGAGACUUAUCGUCAAGCUCAGUUAUCCUCCAGGUUCAAGAAAACGCGAUUCAGAUUCGUGCGACACAGAUGAAAACAAAAGAAGAAAGAUUCAAGAUUUUGUAAAACCAAUCGUAACCUGUUAUUGGGUUGAUUCAGAUUACCGUACCAAAACAACAUCUUUGUCUGAAACAAAGCAUAAUAAUGUUGUUGAAGACAAGAAGAUGAUCGAGAACCAAGUUUCCAAAACUACACCUUUGUCUCAACCAAAGGAUAACAAUGUUGUUGAAAACAAGAAAAUGAUCAAGAACCCAACACAACCAAAGGAUAACAAUGUUGUUGAAAACAAGAAAAUGAUCAAGAACCCAACACAACCAAAGGAUAACAAUGUUGUUGAAAACAAGAAAAUGAUCAAGAACCCAACACCUUCGUCUCAACCAAAGGAUAACAAAAUGAUCAAGAACCGAACACCUUUGUCUCAACCAAAGAAUAACACGAAGGAUUCAUCAAAAACAGCCUUUGUGACAAGAGUUGAAGAAUGUGGGUUGAAACAACCGAUGGAGUGUGUUAGGAGGAGGCAAUGUUGGUUGAUUUUGAAGAGAAUGUUGGUAGAUAGAGAUGGUUGGGAUUUGAAAGAUCCUCCAAAAAUAGCAAUGGCUGAUAAGUGUAAGAUAAAGGCAAUAGGUUUGAAGGAAAUAGAGAGAAAGUUGAGGUUGUAUGCAACACCGGAUGGGUUUGCUAGUGACAUAAGACUUGUGUUCUCUAAUGCAAUGCUAAUGUAUCCUCCAAGGAAUCAUAUUUAUCAAAUUGCAAAAAAGUUCAGUCAGAAUUUUGAACACAAAUGGAAGUCAUUGAAGGAUAUGUGGGACCUUGAGGAUACAAAAAGAAGCAAGACUCACAAGAGUACAAGAUACUAA